AGUACUUGUUCUGGUGUAGAAAUACAAACAUCAUUUUCAUCAUUAACUGAAUUAAAUCUUGUUUUUGUUGGUUCACAAUAUGGUAUCAUAGAGAAUAUGUUACAACACGUACCGAAUUUAUGCCGAUUGAAAAUCGAAACUAUGUAUUUUGAAAUGAAUGGACAUGAAUGGGAACAGAUUAUUCGUAAUUAUUUACCGAAAUUAGAAGUAUUUAAAUUGAAAAUGAGAUUCGGAGUUAGAAGUGAGAAAUAUAAAAACGAAUUAUUCAAUUCAUUUCAAACUCGAUUUUGGCUUGAAGAACACCAAUGGUUUGUUCGAUAUCAUUAUAAUCUAGAUGAUAGUUCCAAUAUGAUUUGUCUCUAUACUUUACCGUAUAGUUUUUCUUACCUUGAUAUUUUCUUUCCUGUUCAUUUCAAAUCGACUUGUCCGAAUGACAAUGAUGAUUAUUAUUCAUCAUAUAACUAUGUUCAACAUUUAGUUUAUCGUUCUUCCUUAACAAACAAAAUGAUUGUAUCUAAUCUUAAUUUUCCAAAUACAACUUAUCUUUCAGUAACACUUCCUAUUAACAAUCAUUUAUUAUCAAUCAUUCAAAAACUUCAUCGAUUAAGUUCAUUAGAAGUAUCAAGAUCAAAAAGCAUGUCGGAUAUUGAUGCUCAGUUACAAUUGCAAAAUAUACUUAAUUAUGCACCUCAUCUCUAUUCAUUGAGAUUUAACUCAUGGCGAGAAGAUCAGUUUCUCAAUCGAAAUUCUUCAAUGACUGAAAAAAUGACACCAAUCGUCUUGAAAACUCGAUCAAUUCGACAAGUUAAUCUACGAGGUUAUGAUUGGUGGUUUAACGAUGAAGAAUGUAUUCAUAUACGUGAUUCAUCAUUGAUAAAACAUUGUGAAGUACUUUUUAUCAAAGUUCAAAAUCGAAUGAAUAUACUUUAUCUUGUCAAUUCAUUGCAUACUCUCCGAGCAUUGAUUGUUCAAUCUCGAGAUGAUAAUUGGAGUUGGAGCAAUUAUUCAUCAUCAAUUGAUGAUCAAUAUGUUCAAUGGUUACAACAGAAUUUGCCACCAAUGUGUUCGAUUAAACGAGACUCUCGUUUCGUUCAUUGUAUUCGAAUAUGGAUUCAUUUAUAA